AUGUUACGUGCCGUCGCGUCCGCUCAGUCUCCCUUACGCCGCGCGCACACCCGGAACAUCUGGUCAUGGUUCACUACGCCUCCGAAGGUCCAGGAGCAGAAGUUCAGAGAUAAAGUGAACUACAAUGACGAGAUCUUCGAGGAGAAGGUGCCGAGGGAGGAAUUAGUCAACCUCCCGCGCGUCACCGCCAAUACGCUAGAGGCAUACACCAAGCCUCCGACCAAGGUCAAGAUGCUCGUGCGCGACUACAUCGAGGACGCGCUCUACAACCCCAAUUACGGCUACUUUCCCAAGCAGGCGACCAUCUUUACGUCUGCGGACACGACCAUCCCAUUCAAUGAGAUCAACGACAUGUUUCAGUUCGACCACGAGGUCACUAAGCGUUAUUCGUCUUACGGAAAGGACGAUGGGCAAGGUCCAGGCAGGCAGAUUUGGCACACUCCAACGGAGCUCUUCAAGCCGCACUAUGGCCACGCUGUUGCUCACUGCCUCGUAUCCGAGUACUUACUCAAGUACUUUCCGUACGAAGACUUGGUCAUCUAUGAGAUUGGCGCUGGCAAUGGAACGCUUGCGCUAAACAUUCUUGACUUCAUUCGCGACAAGUACCCGGAGGUAUACGAGCGUACCAGCUACCGCAUCGUGGAGAUUAGCGGACGUCUAGCCAAGUUACAACGGCAGAAGCUACUCCCACAUCACCCCUGUGUUACAGUGACCCAUAAGAGCAUCUUCCAUUGGGAUCAGACCGAGUCGGCACCAUGCUUCUUCAUAGCGAUGGAAGUCAUAGACAACUUCGCGCACGACGUGGUGCGUUGGGACCUGCGCACUCUCCAACCUUAUCAGGGUGUCGUUACCGUGGACGAGAAUGGGGACUUUGGCAUGCACUACGAGCGUGUCAGCGACCCGCUGGUCUCAUCGACCCUUGCUCUCUACCGACAACUCAAUCACAAACCUCCAGUACCCGCAUGGCUCGCGAAGUUCCCAUACCUUCGAGAAGUCCAUUCGUCUCUCAUCUUCGCGGCUAAUCUAUCACCUCCUGAGUACAUCCCUACGCGCAUGCUCAGCCUAUUACGGACCUUACGACGGCACUUCCCGCGACAUCGACUGCUUCUCUCGGAUUUCGCAACGUUGCCAGAUACUAUUCCUGGUAUCAACGCGCCCGUGGUGCAGACACGCUUCCGAAACACAACCGUGCCCACGUCGAAGCUGCUCGUGCACCAGGGCUACUUCGACAUCUUCUUUCCGACCGACUUCGAGCGCUUACGCGACAUGUAUGAGUACAUGCUCGGUCAGCCGGUGCUUUCGGAUAGCGUCGCAGGGACUGGACGAGCAUCGCCACUUGCGACGAGCGCCAGCCCAUUGCAGGCAGGCUCGGGUUACUUCUCAUCCUUCCAACCACGCAACAGGCGCGCACCGAUCGACGGCGUCACAAGUUCCAGCGGCUUGCCUGUCGGCCAACGGAAAUCGAACGUCUUCACCCACGCCGAGUUCCUCGAGACAUACGCGGAUCUUAGUAAAACGCGUCUCCGCAGCGGAGAGAACCCUAUGUUGGAGUAUUACAAGAAUGUCAAGUUCUUAUUUUGA